UCUUUUAAAAUGCUGAGUCAUAGAAGCGUCACUGGAGCGUCCGACGCCGCGUUGCCACAGUAACCGUUUGUUUCUCUACAUGGACACUUCAGCCAGAGGCAGAGGACGUGAAGACUGAAAUAGUUUGUUGGCUUCAGCCUUACGGAACAAGGUCUUCCUUCCUGCCUAUACUGACUGCUAGUGGAAAACAAUGAGAAUAGUGUCUGUCCUGGACCACAGCCCCCAGCAGGGUGGUGGGGCCAGUCUGGUCAAUAUCGAGGUCAUGUUGAACCACUCUGAGCUCUUCAGAGCAGAGUGCAAGAGGCUAAUCAUGGAGACAGAUAAAGCAUGCAAACGCAUGCAGGACAAUGACAACAAGCAACUUGAUCAGCGGGUUAGAGACAUCCAGUUUCUGAAGAAGGAGCUGGAGUUGAAGCUGGAGGAGAUUACUCUUGAGAUUGAUGUCCUCAUUGCCUUACACAACAGAGUGGUGAAGGCCCUGGAGGCGAGCAAAGAGCCUCUGAGGGUGACCAUCCUCUGUCUGGAGGAGAGAAUGAAACGUUCCCCUUCUGAGAGGCUGCACGACGAGGUGGACAUAGAGCUGAUGAGGGAGAGGGAGGUUAUUGAGGGAGUGGCUUCCCUCUUGCAGCAUGUGGUAGAGCAGAUAACUGAGCAGAUACGACUGAACCGAUCUGCUAAGUACCAUUUAGAGCAGGAUCUGAAGGAGAAAUUUGAUGCUCAGUGUAUUGACAACUCCUGCGCAAUAAUGACCACUCAUUCCAUCAACAACCUCCACGGGUUGAAAAACAAGAACACUGCUUCGCCAAGCUUGACACUGACUCCCAAGCAGUGGGAGAGCAUGUCAGAAAUCAACAUUGCCAAGGCGGAGCACCAGAAGACCAACUCCAUGUCCUUGCGGGCUCUGGUGGAGUCUGUUCUGGGACAGACAGCUGCUGACAUGCAGAAGCAGAUUCAGGCUACAACCACAGCCUUCCAGCUCAACAUCCAGGAAAUCAGGACAGCUAAAAGCCAGAUGGAGGAUAAAAUGCCCAAGGUUCUAUUAGAGAUCACCAGCCAGCAGAGGAUCAGAGAGGACCUCCAACUGGCCGUCACGGAGAAUGAGCAUUUUCUUAGCUUGGCCCAGGCCCGUCUGGCCUUGCGCCGCCAGCGGCCUGGCAAAGAGCAAUGCCACGAUCCAGCACAGUCCCAGCUCCUGGCUGAGGUCCAGCAGAUCACCGCUCACAUCAGCAAGCUGCGUGAGGAAGUGGCCCAGUCAGAGGAGGAGCAGAGGGCCCUGGUUCGCUGUCAGCUGAAGCUGCAGGAAAGCAUCGAUACCAAGGCCAGCUCUCUCUACAUUGAUGAGGUCAUCUGCACCCAGCACAGGGAGCCCAUUGUCAUACAUAACUUCUGAGCAAUCGGCAACAGGAAAGAGCUGUGUAUUUAGUAUUUAUAUCAAAACCGCAGUCCUAUAAAAUAUAUUUAUCCACAGAGUUUCA